UCUUCAGAUAGACCGAGGAUAUAUCGGAGAGAGGAAGCACUGGAGACGCGAAGACUUUGCUCACACAAAGAUAUAUAUAUAUUUUUUGACCGGCGAAUGCACAUAUUCAUCUGAAUUCCGAGCGUUUAUUAGUGUUUAUUCGCCAGCUCGCGUGGAGGAGGAGCGGGCACCAUGGCAGCGGUGGCGGUUCUGCGGAAUGAAACCCUGCAAGCUUUUCUCCAGGACCGCACUCCCAACUCCUCUCCGGAGAACUGCAAGCACUCCCCGCUGGCGCUGCUGGCCGCCACCUGUAACCGGAUCGGGCAUCACCACCACCACCACCACGGAUCCACCCCGGCAGACUUCCUGCAGGUGCCCUACGACCCCACCACCCUGGGCUCCCCCUCGCGUUUAUUUCACCCGUGGACUAACGAGGGGACGCCCCAGAGCAGCCUGAACUCAACUUUCGGACUAUCCUCCAAGCACAUCCAGAGCUCCUUCAGCUCCCACCACCACCACCACGAACUCCCCCUCACCCCGCCGGCCGACCCCUCCUCGUACCCUUAUGACUUCUCCUCCCCGGUGAAGAUGCUGCCCUGCUCCAUGCAGUCCGCCUGCAGCCCCCCCACCUACGUCCCGGCCGUCAGCUACCCGGCCCCGGUUCCGGCCCCCAUCCCUGCACCCGGCUCCAUGCCCGGGUUCGUGCACCAGCAGCAGAGACAACUCUCCCCCACAACCCCCGGGGAGGACAUCCCGUGGUGGAGCCUGCAGCAGCAGGGCACCCACGGGGGCCCCCACCCGCGGUUCCAGCUGCAGCGCGGGUUGGUCCUGGGACACUCGGACUUUGCGCAGUACCAGACGCAGAUCGCGGCGCUGCUGCACACCAAGUCCCCGCUGGCGGCGGCGCGGCGCUGCCGGCGCUGCCGCUGCCCCAACUGCCAGUCCAACACCAACUCCUCCUCCAGCGACGAGCCCGGCAAGAAGAAGCAGCACAUCUGCCACAUCCCCGGCUGCGGGAAGGUGUACGGGAAGACGUCGCACCUGAAGGCGCACCUGCGCUGGCACUCCGGGGAGAGGCCGUUUGUCUGCAACUGGCUGUUCUGCGGCAAGAGCUUCACCCGCUCCGACGAGCUGCAGAGACACCUGAGGACUCACACCGGGGAGAAGCGCUUCGUGUGCCCGGACUGCUGCAAGAGGUUCAUGAGGAGCGACCACCUGGCCAAACACGUCAAAACUCACCAGAACAAAAAAAGUGGCAAAUUGUGCCACGACAAGACGCUGAACGUGAAACGAGAGGACACGUCGAGGAGUAUGUUGUAACAACACCUGUUUAGACGUUUAAAAAAAAAAAAAACCCAGUAGACUAUCCUACUAGUGCAAUACAGUCAAGGGUGAAUCAUGGUUCUGUGUUGAAUCGACGUGCGUACCCUACGGCGUAGGCACUGCGUUGGUGUAACCAGUACUCGAGUUGAGGGGGGAUGAGGGGGGAUGGCAUCCCCCCUGAAAUAAAAACGGUCAAAAUCAUCCCCACUUUCCAUCCCUUAUGUCAUUUCAUCAAUGAAUGUGGUUUUACUGCUAUUUCAACAUUUAAAGUCAUCACCAAAAAAAUAAUACCAGAAAAAUAACUUAUU